AUGGACCUAAUCAAUUGGAUCUUCCGGGAGUUCCUUGAUAAAUUUGUUGUUGUCUUUGUAGAUGAUAUUCUUAUCUAUUCACCUUCCGAAGAAGAGCAUGAAAGGCAUCUUUGUGCGAUUUCGCAACUUCUUAGGGAGCAUUGGUUAUAUGAAAAUUGUGCGAAGUGUGAAUUUUGGCUUACAGAAGUGAAGUUCUUGGGUCACGUGGUUUCGGGAGACGGAGUUAUGGUGGAUUCUUCAAAAAUAGAAGCAGUGUUAAAUUGGAAGCAGCCAAAGAAUGCUUCGAAAAUUCGUAGCUAUUUGGGUUUGGCCAAUUACUGCCACCGAUUUGUAAAGAAUUUCUCUUCCUUAGCAUCACCCUUAACUACGUUGACCCGCAAGGGAAUGAAGUUUGUUUGGAGCGAAGCAUAUGAGAAUUCUUUUCAAGAAUUAACGUUUAGACUGACCACCGCUCCAAUUCUUAUCAUUCCAGAGUGGGGGUUAGGUUAUACGGUGUAUUGUGAUGUCUCCAGAGAGGGAUUGGGAUGUUAUUUAAUGCAAGAGGGAAGGGUGAUAGCAUAUGGCUUGCGCCAACUGAAAAGCCAUGAAGGAAACUACCCGACUCACGACCUAUAA